UCCGCCCUUCUCCUUUACUUUUCUCUUUCUCUCUCUGAUUGGACAAAAGUCAGAGCCGCUCCAGGAGCAUGCUGGGUGUUGUAGUUUCAGGAGAAAAGUUUGCCCGACUCUGAGUAUGUGCGCAUGCUCGAAAUUGGGGCGGGAUCCCACAGGCCGGAGGUUCGAGAGCUGUGGGGUCGUUUUCCGGCGAGGAAAAUGGCGUUGGCCAUGCUGGUGCUGGUGGUUCCGCCAUGGCCGGCAGCCCGGGGACUCUUCCGAAACUGUUGGGAGCAACUACAGCGGAAGCUUCAGCAGAGCCGGCCAGGAUUUCCCAGUCCUCCGUGGGGACCAGCAUUAGCAGUCCAGGGUCCAGUCGUAUUUACAGAGCCAGCAAAUGAUGCAAGUGGAAGUAAGGAGACUUCCAGCCUUUUGGAUAGUAUCUUUUGGAUGGCAGCUCCCAAAAACAGACGCACCAUUGAAGUUAACCGUUGUAGGAGAAGAAACCCUCGGAAACUUAUUAAAGUUAAGAACAAUAUAGACACGUGUCCUGAAUGUGGUCACCUGAAACUCAAACACAUCCUUUGUGGCUAUUGCUAUGCGAAGGUGCGCAAGGAGACAGCAGAAAUCCGACAACAGAUAAAGAAACAAGAAGGGGGCCCUUUUAAGGCUCCCACCGUAGAGACUGUGGUGCUGUACACGGGAGAGACGCCAUCUGAACAAGAUCAGGGCAAGAGGAUCAUUGAACGAGCCAGGAAGCGACCAUCCUGGUUCACCCAGAAUUGACACCAAAGAUGUUAAAAGAGGCUAACUUUACAGUAAAACAUUUUUCCUAAAAGAGAGGAAGAUUGUUUGUUUUUAUGUUGUUGUGUUUGUUUUUAAAUCAUCAAUAUAGUUUAAAACAUUCUUUAUAAGCAGUUUUAUGUGGGAUAAUUUAAAGAGUAUAUUGUGAGUAAAUUCUGAAAAUGUCUGUUUAUGCAAAGGCUCAAUGGAUUAAUAUAUCUGUUUAUUACAUAUAAAAUUUUAAGUACACAUAGAGUUCCAGGAGGAAAAAAAAGAAAAAAUUUAAAAUUCAUAAUAAGAAUCAUGUGCUUUGGUUUUGUUUAUUAGGUUUUUUAGACAUCACUUAACACAAAUACUUUCAUUAAGUAACACAUGGAAAUAGGCUAUUUGAAUUUUUGGUAUUGUUUUUUAAGGUGGUGGUUGUGACAGUAAGGAAAGGUUUUGUUCUUGUUUUUUGUUUCAGCUAAUUAAAAUUGCCUUUGGAAGAAUUCAUUUUAUCUGGAACACAUUAUGCUAAUCUACUUAUGGUAAUAGUUCUUUACACUUUAUCUUAAAAUCACAUUUGGAAUAUAUUAGAUAGCUUAUGUUUUGGGAGAGAUUUUUAGUGAGGAGAUCUGAGCAAAUCUCAUAGUAUACCAAAAUGUGCUAAGGAUGUUGUCUUUGUAUUUUCCUUCUAGCAUGUCCUUUUAGUAUAUUUAUUUUACACUGUAUCUUUUUUAUCGCUUUGUAGCAAUAGCCUUAAUUUUCUGCAGUUCAUUUCUUAUUUUCUUCUACAUCUCCCGUGCUUGUGUAUACCUUGAGCUCAAGGUUUGCUAUUUUGUUUCCUUCCUCAUGCAAAAUUUUAAAAAGGUGAGAUAGCUAAUUAAAACACAGAUAAGCAAGUAAUAGAGUUAAAGGGGAAAAUCAGUAGACAAGAUAAGGUAAAGCCCAGAGAUGUAUGUGCAAUAAAAAUGUAUACUAUAAUAACCUGAA